AGUAGAUCCAUCAGCGCUAUUAAGGUACUUCCGUCCGGAUGCAAACCCUUUCUCAGGAAGCCCCUGAGCUGCCAGCCAGCAGCAGGGAGGGACGCUGGGAAGCACGUCUUGUUUCUCCUGCUCUUCCCGUUGAUGGUUCCCUGGUCAGCAGCAUUCCUUGGGAGAAGAUGGCUCAGCCUGCACCUCUGAACCAGAACCUCCCAGAUCUCGGUGGCCCAUUCUUGUACCGGGACCAGGACAAUGGGGAGAAGAGCUCGUAUUCCGUGGAAACCCCUUACGGCUUCCUCCUGGACCUGGAUUUCCUGAAGUAUGUCGAUGACAUCGAAAGUGGCCAAACGCUCAAGAAAGUGCCACUGCCCCGGAGGGCGAAAGGGCCGCGGCAGCCCCCCAGCACCCUGCGCAGCCCCAGCAGCCAUGCCAGUGCCUGGACCUCCACCGAGUCCCUGGCCUCCACAGCCAGCGAGGACGGCAGGACACUGCUGCUGUCCCCGCACGGCCGCACAGCCCUGGACCCCCCGAGCAAACCGGCCUCACAUCCCAUCUCGCCGCCACCGCUGCGGCUGCUCCCACCUCCCACCCGCAAGUGCGGGCUGAGGAACCCAUGCGUGGAGAAGACGCUGCUGGAGACGAGCCGGAGGCUGGAGCAGGAGCAGGACAGGGCUGGUCUCUGCCAUGGCGGCACAUCGGGACCCCCAUGUCAGCCCCUGCCAUGGGUGCCGGGGGAGGGCUGGGGCCGGGGCAGCCCCGGCAGCUCGGGACGCAGCACGCCGGCCGCGGGGCUCGGCACUGCCCCGCUGCAGCACGUGCGGGAGCAGAUGGCCGCAGCCCUGCGGCAGCUCCGGGACCUGGAGGAGCAGGUGAAAACCAUCCCCCUCCUGGAGAUGCAGAUCUGUGAGCUCAAGAGGGAGAAGACGAAGCUGAUGGAGAAGCUGUCGGUAGAGCCCAGUGAGGCUUUGAGACAUCCCUCUGGCUCUGAGGUGGUGGCAGGGGGUGAGGAGCUGCCCCAAGUGGGGUCAGAGCGUGAAGCGGAGCCGGCAAAAGGGCGAGUGAGCAAGAUCGUGGAGCUGAGGAAGCUGACGGAGAAGCUGGCUGUGCCGGAGCGGGGCGGCAGGGCUUGGCCAGGCAGGAGCCCCAGGGCUGCCGAGAGGCCCAUGUGCCGCUCCGUGGCGGUGGGCGAGGACCGGGCCAUGACUGACGCCAUCUUCUACUACCGGUCACAACAAGAGGGCAGUGACAUUCCGGACAGCGGGACAAGGGAGCGCAGGGACGCGUCCGUGUGGGUGCUGGAGUCCUCACUCGGGGUGGCCAGUGAGGCGGAGCAGGAGCUGGAGCUGCUGCAGCAGACGGUGGGGCACCAGAAGGAGGUGAUCGCGCUGAUGGAGGGGCACCUGCGGGAGGCCACGCGGGAGCUGGAGGAGCUGCGGCGCGAGGUAUGCGCCCGCCGGCCCCGUGCGCGGCUGGACAAGGAGGUGAUGGCCAAGCCGCGGGUGGCCGAGGCGCUGGUGGAGGCCGUGGUGGCCACGCGGAGCCGGGCGGCCGGUGAUCCGCCGCAGAUGGUGGAGGCAGGCGUGGAGUGCUGCCCGCCGACCGCGUGCACCGCCGUGAGCUGCCGCCCCGACGCGCGGGAUGUGGCCGUCGGACCUAAUUCGGCUGCGAGGAGCGAGGACAAGGGCAGCCAGACCGACACGGGCAGCACUGGCACGGUGGGAGAGGAGAUGGAGCCCAGUGCAGGUGACACCCCAGAUGGUCCCUUGGCACAGGGUACAGGAGCGAUGGAGGGGACACAGCAGAGCAGCUCAACCACCGGGGCAGGCACAGCAGAGGUGACACACAGCAGCCAGAAUCCAUCCCCAGCACGGGAUGGUGGAGCUAUCCCAGGCCCUGUGGCUGGAGCCCUGAAGUCCAUCAUGAAGAAGCGGGAUGGUGCCCCCAGGAGCAAGGCCGAAGGCAGCAAGAAGAGCCUGCAGUUUGUGGGCGUGCUGAACGGGGAGUAUGAGAGCACAUCCAGUGAGGAGGAGGAGGAGGAGGAAGGAGACAGCUCCUCUGAGAAGGCUUCAGCCGACAGCUCUGACAGUGAUGAGCAAGGGGACACUGAAACCUCAGAUGAAGAAGCCAGGGAAGGGGAGUGUGAGCCAGGACAGGAGCGCGAAGGGGACAGUGUGACCCUGCUGGAGCCCACUGAGGUGAAGGAGAAGUUCGAGCUGAGCCCCAGGAUGCGGGAGGCCUGCCUCAUCGUCAAGACCCACCUGGGCCACCCCGGGGCCACCAAGAGCAAAGAGGUGGUGAGUGGGGUGCUACGGGGUGGGAUGGCUGCUGGCGUCGCCCAGAGAUGGGCCAGCAAAGCCCAGCUCAGCACCUUCCCCCAAAACACAGCCCUUUGCUCCACGCUUUGUCCCAGAUACCCAAACCCCAGCUCAGCUCAGGCCAUCUCAGCGGGAGUUUGGGGUUUCAGGGUCCUGCCUUCACCCCAUUCCCCUCUGGAGCUGGAUUUCUGCUCCCCACUGGGGCUGGGGGGUGCAGGGCCCCAGCUCAGCCCCUCUUGCUGCCCACAGCUUGCCAGCAGCAGCCUGGUCCUGCAGGAGUGGUUCCGUCUGUCCAGCCAGAAGUCCUCUGUGCCCGACAUGGUGGCCAACCACCUCCUGGCCUUUGCCGAGGUGUCGCCAGCUCUCUUGGCCCACGUGGUGAACCUGGCGGAUGGGAAUGGCAACACAGCCCUGCACUACAGCGUCUCCCACUCCAACUUCCACAUCGUGCAGCUGCUGCUGGACACAGGGGUCUGUAACGUGGACCACCAGAACAAAGCUGGCUACACAGCCCUCAUGCUGGCAGCGCUGGCAGCCGUCGAGCAGGAGGAUGACAUGAACAUGGUCAGGAGGCUCUUCAGCAUGGGCAACGUCAACGCCAAGGCCAGCCAGGCCGGGCAGACAGCGCUGAUGCUGGCUGUGAGCCACGGCCGGCAGGAGAUGGUGGAGGCUCUGCUUGCCUGUGGAGCUGAUGUGAACCUGCAGGAUGAGGAGGGCUCCACGGCGCUGAUGUGUGCCUGUGAGCACGGGCGUGUGGAGACCGUGAAGCUGCUGCUGGCUCAGCCCACCUGCGACGUCUCCAUCGUGGACAGUGAUGGGAACAACGCCGUUGCCAUCGCGCUGGAGGCUGGUCACAGCAACAUCGCUGUGCUCCUCUAUGCCCAUCUCAACCAGGGGACAUCACCGACAGCCACCAAGAGCCCUGGGGGCCCAAAGAAACCAAAUUAGAGCGACCUCAGGAGCCAGCCCUCAGCACCAGGCUAUGGUUUAUGUCCCCCUCACCUGCUGAAUCAUGCCCUGCAGAUGCUUUAACCCUCCUGUCACAGAGUAUGCGCUGCCCCUGGGCCUCACCACUGCUGGAAGCAGCCCGUGCACGGCCACCUUGCUCCACCAAGUGACAGAGGAGGCAAGCAUCAAGCGACCCGGGGUGGGAAACAAUGAGCAGAAGUUGGCCCCAUCCCCUCUGCUCCCCAUCAGCCCUGCACUGCCUCGGAGCCCUUUGCAAGUCCUUCCCUCACUGGACCAGCAGCAACCAAACCCAGCAGAAGUGGCACAUGGUUCCUGGUCUCUCUUGGCCAGCUCCUGGCAGCUCUGGGGAAGAGUAGAGCUGGUGACAAGGAGCAGGGCUCCUGGACCCUGCUGUGCUGCAUGGUGCCAGGGGGAAGCUCAGCAGCCACAAGACACAAACCCACUGGUCAGUGCUGCCUGGACAUGGCCUGGGAGCAAUUCCAGACUGAAAUACUGCUCCUUCUCUUCUGGCAUUUCCUUUCCUGGCUGAAAUCUGAUUAUUUUUUUCCCCUAGCACAUGCACACAAAGCAAAAAGUAUUAUAUUGCUUAGUCAAACGGAUGGAGUUGAACAAGAAAGCACUUGGUGAUUUGAUGUGCAAAAGUGCUGAGCACCCAGGGGUGCCACCGAGCUGACAGGAGGGGGCCGAGUCAUGAAUGCAUUUAGGGACAUUUAAGAUGCCCCACACAAGGAGCAGGGACCUCCUCCCAAGGGAAACAGUCAGUAGCCACUUCCUGUGAAGGCAACCAGAGCCCCAACCAAGCCCCUCUGCCCACUUUCCUUCCCAAAGGGGCCAAGAGCAGCUCCUGUAGCUCCAGGGAAAAAAAGAUGGGCAAGAAGAGCUCAGAGGAAGCUCUAGAGAAGGACACGUAUGUCAGAGGACCAGUGUGUGAACGUGUGUGCACCAGGCAGGGUGAGGACAGACAAGGAAAGCCCUAAGGACUGGGAGGGAAAAGGAAAAGGGUUUUGCAUGUGAAGCUGGCUCUGCUCUGAAUCCUUCACGGAGGUGACAUGUCACAGCCCCCAUUUCUGCUCCUUGGCUCCCCAGCAUCACUCUGACCCCGCCAGGCCUGGUCUGAGCCGUGCUGUGAGCUGGGAAAUGCUCCCAGGAAACUGGUUGCAGUUGACACGCCGCUGUGCUGGCAAUGGGCCUGUCUCAGCUUUGCACUGAAGUUAACACACAGCGCUCACAGCCUCCCUCUGCACUACUCUGGAUGUACUCCGUACUCACUGCUUUGGUCUCACAGGUUUGGUUACUGAUGUCUAUUUUUAAGAUACAAAUAAAAGUUUGAAGUAAAAUUAUUUUGAA